AUGUCCAAUACACCGUUUUCAGUGCCGCGCCAUUCCAGUAGGCCAAGAAUCCAGCAACGAACCGAGUCGCUUCUCCCGCCACACGAAUCAAAGUCCAUCACCAGCGUCCCAGUCACCCCAGGCAUUUCUCAGGGCACAUAUCAGAGAUAUCCCGGUGGGACAGCAGCAACAUUGAGAAUACCUCAGUCCGCAAAAUUGGGGUAUUUUUCCGAUUCAGUCCAUUCUGCACAGUCUCAGGACGCCCAAACGCCCCUAAAAUCAAUUUCGAGUCAGCCGCAACACGAAGGAGCUGUUUUCAGCGGAAAGGUGCUCUCUGCCACAUUCACUCUGCCCCAGGCGAUCCAAUACAGUCAAGGAGGGAAAUGGAAAGUAUCACAGCAAACAUAUCAUUGCUCCGCUCAUUUGGAUUCGCUCGCCUAUCUUUCCUCCGAUGAUUGUGCCUGGGACCAUACGGUCAUUGCCUGGACAGGGGAGAUAUCCUGCACUUCGGCUGACGAAACGCCCCAAGCCUCGAUUCCGAUGCCAACGACCGCCACGCAGUGUGAGCAGCCUCUGAACGACGACGAGGCGACCGCAAAGGAAAUCUUCGUCACCAACAAGAGCAAAACAAAGCUUGAAGAAAUGCUAUACCACAAUAGUCCAAUACGGACUCUGCCAGUUUGGCUUGCCGAUGACCGUGACGUUACGGCGGAUGGAAUCAAGCUGAAGCAGCAAUGGAGAUGGAGACGCUAUGCAGAGCACGAUCUCUGCGCACUGUUCCAUUACAAGCAACACCCUCCGACGAAUGGCCGCAAGGCAGAUGGUCGAUGGGAUGAUUACUGCCGGGUAAACGAGGCGUAUGCAGAUCGAAUCAGCAAAGCCUAUCAGCCGGGAGACAUUGUCGUGGUCCACGAUCACUACUUGAUGAUUUUGCCAGAACUCCUUCGACAGCGCCAUCCAGACAUGCACAUCAUCUUCUAUCUCGAAUCCCCCUUUCCCACCAGCGAGCUCGUGCGGUGCCUGCAUCGACGACAGGAAGUUCUUAAAGGCGUUCUUGGAGCAGACCUCAUUUGUUUCCAGGCUUACCACUAUGCGCAGCAUUUCGCCAACUCAUGCGAGAGAAUCCUUGGCUAUUCUGCGAGCAGUGAAUGGGUAGAUACCACCAGGGGGCGGGCCUACAUGAGCGUCAAUCCACUGGGCAUCAACAUCUCCAAAAUCACUUCCUUGGCCUUUUCAGAAUCGGUUGACAAAAAGUAUAAAGAGUUGUGCAAGUUAUUCGAGGGGACAAAAGUCGUCAUUGGCUGCGACCCGAUGGACCGUUUUGGGGGCGUCCACAAAAAACUCGAAGCAUUCUCAUACUUCUUGGAGCACCAUCCAAAGUGGCAGGGCAAAGUUGUCCUACUACAAGUCACGGGCCCUGCCACAAUGGAGGACGACGACGGCGAAAGCAUUGCCUACGCCCGCAAGGUCAACGAACUCGUCAACUUGGUUAACCAAGACUACGGCUCGCUAGACUAUGGUCCAGUGCAGCUACAUAACCAGAAACUCUCGCAAGACGAGUACUUUGCUCUUUUGCGGCUUGGAGACGUCGCCAUCAACACGUGCGUGAGAGAAGGCAUGAGCACCACGAGCUUGGAAUACAUUGCCUGCCAGCGAGACAGUCGCGGGCCGCUCAUCAUUUCUGAAUUCAGUGGAACGGCGAGCAAUUUGGAAGAGGCGAUUCAGAUCAACCCGUGGGACAUUGCACAGGUGGCGGAUCAGAUCAAUAAGGCGUUGGUUAUGACGCCGGAGAGACGGAGUCGGAUGCAUAAAGCCCUGUAUAAGCGUGUUGUAGGGGACAAUGUGCAGGUUUGCGUCAAUGGUAUGAUUUCACGGCUGAAGAAGGUGUUGCGGGAUCGUGAAGGACAUGCGGAGUCUGUUGUCUGA